AAGUAGCUCCAAGCUAACAUGGCUCGCUGAAGUUUAGGUCGCUUCCGACUCUGACGUCGCUUUAACUCGGCUCGCAGUCGUCUUAUUUCACCAAAUAACUGCUCGGACUGCGUUUGUGAGUCGGCCCUGGUGAAACUGGGGUGAAUGCGAUGCUUCAAGACAGCAUGGCGACGUCUUAGCUAGCGAGCUAGCACUCGCUUGUUUUGGCAGCGGCAGGUCGGCCAUACCUCCCCGGGCAAGAGUCAUACCUCCCCGGGCAAGAGUCAUACCUCCCCGGGCAAGAGUCAUACCUCCCCGGGCAAGAGUCAUACCUCCCCGGGCAAGAGUCAUACCUCCCCGGGCAAGAGUCCACUCACGGCGGGCUCGUAAACAGAAAGAUCGGUACCGCUCAGGGUGAAAAAGAUGCAUGACGCCUAUGAGCCGGUGCCUAUUUUGGAAAAACUUCCUCUCCAGAUUGAUUGUCUGGCGGCCUGGGAGGACUGGCUGCUCGUCGGAACCAAGCCCGGACAUCUCCUUCUCUACAGGAUUAAAAAAGAUGCAGCAACCAACCUCUUUGAAGUGACACUGGAGAAAUCCAACAAGAACUUUUCAAAGAAGAUCCAGCAGCUUUAUGUCGUCUCGCAGUACAAAAUACUGGUCAGUCUCCUGGAGAACAACAUCCACGUCCACGACCUCCUGACUUUCCAGCAAAUCACAGUCCUGUCCAAAGCAAAAGGAGCCACGCUUUUCGUCUGUGACCUGCAGCAAAGCAGCUCAGGAGAGGAAACACUGAGAAUGUGUGUUGCGGUGAAAAAGAAGCUCCAGCUUUAUUACUGGAAAGACCGAGAGUUCCAUGAGCUGCAGGGCGACUUUGGCGCUCCAGAUAUCCCAAAGUCCAUGGCGUGGUGCGAGAACUCCAUCUGUGUCGGCUUCAAAAGAGACUACUACCUUAUUCGGAUGGAUGGUCGUGGCUCCAUCAAGGAACUCUUCCCCACAGGGAAACAGUUAGAGCCGCUGGUCGCCCCGCUGGCUGAUGGGAAGGUCGCCGUCGGACAGGACGACCUCACCGUGGUGCUCAACGAAGAGGGGGUUUGCACCCAAAAGUGUGCUUUGAACUGGACGGACAUCCCCAUAGCGAUGGAGCACCAGCCUCCGUACAUCAUCGCAGUGCUACCUCGCUACGUGGAGAUCAGGACCUUGGAGCCCAGGCUGUUGGUGCAGAGCGUGGAGCUGCAGAGACCUCGGUUCAUCACGUCGGCUGGGCCAAAUAUCGUGUAUGUGGCCAGCAACCACUUUGUGUGGCGCCUGGUGCCCGUGUCCAUCGCCACGCAGAUCCGCCAGCUCCUCCAGGACAAACAGUUCGAACUUGCUCUUCAGCUGGCAAAGAUGAAGGACGAUUCAGACGGUGACAAGAAGCAGCAGAUCCACCACAUCCAGAACCUGUAUGCCUUCAACCUGUUCUGCCAGAAGAGAUUUGAUGACUCCAUGCAGGUUUUCGCCAAACUCGGCACAGAUCCCACACACGUGAUCGGCCUGUACCCGGACCUGCUGCCGUCCGACUACCGCAAGCAGCUGCACUACCCCAACCCUCUGCCGUCCCUGUCUGGAGCAGAACUGGAGAAGGCUCACCUGGCGCUCAUCGAUUACCUCACCCAGAAACGCAGCCACUUGGUGAAGCAGCUCAACGACUCCGACCCGUCCACCACGUCGCCGCUCAUGGAGGGCACGCCCACCAUUAAGAGCCGCAAGAAGCUCCUGCAGAUCAUCGACACCACCCUGCUGAAAUGUUACCUGCACACCAACGUGGCCCUGGUGUCGCCCCUGCUGCGCCUGGAGAACAACCACUGCCACAUCGAGGAGAGCGAAUACGUCCUGAAGAAGGCGCACAAGUACAGCGAGCUCAUUAUCCUCUACGAGAAGAAGGGCCUGCACCAGAAAGCUCUGCAGGUUCUGCUGGAUCAGUCCACCAAGGCCAACUCUCCUCUAAAGGGCCACGAGCGCACCGUGCAGUACCUCCAGAGGCUGGGUGUUGAGAAUCUGGGAAUGAUCUUUGAAUUUUCUCCCUGGGUCCUGAAGAUCUGCCCUGAAGACGGGCUAAAGAUCUUCACAGAGGACCUGACCGAGGUGGAGACAUUACCCAGAGACAAGGUGCUCAACUUCCUGAAGGAGGGCUUCAAAGAGCUGGCCAUCCCAUACUUGGAACACAUCAUCUACGUGUGGGACGACAAGGGCCCGGAGUUUCACAACACGCUCAUCCAGCUCUACCUGGAGAGGGUCCAAAGCCUGAUGAAGCAGUACCUCAACUCUCUGCCAGAAGGAGUUAAUGCUGUUGCCGCGGGGACGGAGAAAGGUGAACUGGGAGAGUUCAGGAACAAGCUUCUGUCCUUUUUGGAUAUUUCCAGCAGUUAUGAACCGGCGCGGCUCAUCAGUGACUUUCCCUUUGACGGUCUGCUGGAGGAGCGGGCGCUGCUCCUGGGUCGGAUGGGAAAACAUGAGCAGGCGCUCUUCAUUUAUGUACACAUUCUGCAGGACACGCGCAUGGCUGAGGAAUAUUGUCAUGGCCAUUACAACAGCUCCAUGGAAGGAAAUAAAGACGUUUACCUGUCCCUGCUGCGGAUGUACCUGUCCCCCCCGGACGUGCACUGCCUGGGGCCCAUCAAGAUGGAGCUGUCGGAGCCGCAGGCCAACCUCCAGGCCGCCCUGCAGGUCCUGGAGCUGCACCACAGCAAGCUCAACACCACCAAGGCCAUCAACCUGCUGCCAGCCAACACCCAGAUCAAGGAGAUCCAAGUCUUCCUGGAGAGUGUCCUGGAGGAGAAGGCCCAGAGGAAACGCUGCAACCAGGUGCUGAAGAGUCUGCUGCAGGCCGAGUUCCUCAGGGUGCAGGAAGAACGCAUCUUCCACCAGCAGGUGAAGUGUGUCAUCACGGAGGAGAAGACGUGCAGAGUGUGCAAGAAGAAAAUAGGAAACAGUGCGUUUGCCAGAUACCCAAGCGGCGUGGUGGUGCAUUACUUCUGCUGCAAAGACCGCAGCAAGUGUCCCACAGACUAACUUCUCUUCAUGAAAGUCAAUACAGACUGAUUUUUUUAGCGGCCAUUUUGUAGCCCGGGAGCAAGAAGAAGCACGUGGCCUUAGAACUCCAAAAAGUGUACGCCACGCUACGCCAUGAGGACGCCAAGCAGCAGCACUACUAACCUCUCUCAGGCUUGUUGGCCAUCUUUCUUUCCGCUAGCAUGCCACAAAAGACCUGCUAGAAGUUUAUUUAUUGAUGAAUAAGAUCCUGGAUUAAAUGCAUCAUUUAGGCAAUUUAAUCCAGAUUAUUCACGUCUUUUAAUGCCAUAAUACAUGUCUGCACUGUGCCUAAUGUUGUGUCUUUGCAGCCAGGUGGGGGCGCUGUUAGUUGAUGUAAAACUGCAUUAUGAACUCAACUAUACAGCAGGGGUGUCCAAACCUUUUUACCUGGGGGCCACAUUGGGCUCAAAGAAACUUGGUUGAGGGCCCGAAAGCCGACUACAUGUGAAGUAAAUAUAUAUAUAUAUAU